UAACCCUGGGUCGCUCCCGCUGCAGGCGGUAUCUCACUGCUGCAGCGCGACUUACCUGGAGAAGAUAUGGCAACCUCUGACCGACCCGACACCCCAAUAGCGUUUGUGUACAGGGGCACAUUUGUCCACUCGACUCAACAAACUGCGCUACAAACGCUGGAAGAUGCGCUCCUGGGAGUAGAUACACAGGGAAAGGUUGCUUUUAUCAGGGAAGGCAAGGAGUUAGAAAAAGUGUCUCAGACCUUUGGAUUCAAGCCAUCUGAUGUCACUCAACUGGCACAACAUGAGUUCUUCAUGCCGGGUCUGGUAGACACUCACAUCCAUGCAUCACAGUAUAGCUAUGCUGGCACAGCCUUGGACAUGCCUUUGCUGCAGUGGCUUAAAACCUACACCUUCCCUGUGGAGUCACGCUUUAAGGACUUGGAGUUUGCCCGCAAGGUCUACACUCAAAUUGUGAGAAGAACCCUGAGAAAUGGAACAACCACCGCAUGUUACUUUGCUACAAUCCAUACUGAAGCCUCUCUCUUGUUGGGCCAGAUUGCUAAUGACUUUGGACAGCGUGCCUUGGUUGGCAAGGUGUGCAUGGACAGGAACAAUUCGGUGGAACAUUACAAAGAGACCUUGCAGGAGUCUCAAGACGAGACUUGCCGGUUCAUUAAAGAACUCCUGAACAAAAAGUACCCUUUAGUGAAGCCUGUGGUGACUCCCCGUUUCGCUCCAUCCUGCACAGGAGCUUUGCUUAAACAGCUGGGAGAAAUUGCUAAAAAUAACAACCUGCACAUUCAGAGUCAUAUCAGUGAAAAUGUGGAGGAAGUGAAGCUUGUGAAGGAGCUGUUUCCUGAUUCAGAGUCUUACACAGAUGUCUAUCACAAAUACAACCUGCUCACUGACAAGACAGUGAUGGCCCAUGGGUGCUACCUCAGUGAUGAAGAGUUGGCUCUAUUCAGAGAGACAGGAGCAUCUUUGUCCCACUGUCCCAAUUCCAACUUUUCGUUGUGCAGUGGAGUGUUAAAUGUCCGCAAUGUCCUGAAGCACAAUGUGAAGUUGGGGCUGGGAACAGAUGUGGCUGGAGGCUAUUCUGCCUCUGUGCUCGAUGCCGUGAGGAGAACUCUGGAUGCAUCUAAAGUCUUGACCAUCCAGGACCCAGCACAUGACGUAACACUCAGUUUUGAGGAGGUGUUCAAACUAGCCACACUGGGAGGCAGCCAAGCCUUGUCCCUGAAUGACCAAACGGGGAACUUUGAAGUGGGCAAAGACUUUGAUGCCCUGAGGAUUAAUGUAGCUGCUGAGGAUGGGCCUAUUGACCUCAUCCAGCCUGAGAAACCAAAGAUUCUUUUGGAAAAAUUCUUGAAUUUGGGUGAUGAUCGUAACAUAGCGGAGGUGUUUGUAGCUGGCAAGAAGGUGGUGCCAUUCACCGAGCCAAAGGAAGAAACAACAGGGUUGGAGGGAGGGAACAGACACCCCACACGGUAGAGGGAGAGGAUC